GCGUUUGUGUCUGUCUGGGUGUAGAGUGGGGGUGGAGGGACUAUUGGGGUAUGGUGAAAACGUGCCUGAGUGCACCUUAGAGAGUCACGUCUGUGAGGGCUGUCACGGGGAAGGUGCCUUAUGCUGUGGUCACUACAGAGGACAAGGAGCCUGGCAUUGCCACUUACCAGUUAAGAGAAACUGUCCAGCUCCAGCCCCCGUCUAUUCCCACCAGCUGUGCCAUGUGCUGAACAGGAAGCCCUCCUUGCCUUACCCCAUCCUUCGUCAUUCCAAGACCAGCACCCGAGUUCCAUCGGACAGACCGAUCCAGUCCCCGAGGGCCAUCUCUGGCAUGACUGCACGGCUAAGGAGACCAUUGCUUAGGAAGUGUGGGCCCCUCCUGUGCUCUGCAGGGAUGAAGUCUGCUCUUCCCCUCCUGCUUUACCUCUGGCUGUCCAUUCCCCUGGAUGUUUUGCUGGCAUCAAGAACCACUCUGGGACUCUCAAAUCUAACUUGCUUUUAUGACACGCGGGCGACUCUCUUUUGCACCUGGGCUGCAGACAAGAGUCUCACAGAAACACCGUGCCGACUUCAUGCCUUUUUUCAUGAAGAUAUUGAUGGGAAUAAAACAAGGAAUUGUGAAUUACCCAUCACGACACCCAGUAGAUGUGAACUAGCCUUCAAUGAAAACAUUGAUGUUCAGGUCUUCAUCAUAUCCGACUCAGUUUACCUGACUGUGUCCUGUCAAACUGGGGAAAACUGGACAACUGUGGUGCAAGAGCAGGAAUUCAAACCAUGGCAUAACAUCCAGCUGAGACCUCCUGACAGCCUGCAAGUGGUAUACACCAGCGACUCCAGCUGCAACAUAACCUGGAGGGUUCCUAGUUCCUCUCACUACUUACGUAAUCAACGGGAAUUUGAAGUGCGGUACAGACAUCCCAGAGAGCCCUGGGAGACUGCCAAGCUCCUCCCGAUCAAACAGAACCAGACUUGGGUGAAGAUUGAAAACCUGUCGCCUGACUCAAAGUAUGAGGCCACCGUUCGCGUGACACCAAAGACAUGUGGUGUGUGGAGCAACUGGAGCAAGACGCUGGUGUGGAGGACAAAUCGUAGCAGUGUGGCACAUGGGCCCAGGCUUGGAUAUGCAGGACUCUCAAAUCUAACUUGUUCUUAUGACUCGCGGGCGACUCUCUUUUGCACCUGGGCUCCAGACAGCCGUUUCACAGAAGCACCUUGCCGACUUCAUGCCUUUUUUCAUGAUGAUAUUGAUGGGAAUAAAACAAGGAAUUGUGAAUUACCCAUCACGACACCCAGUAGAUGUGAACUAGCCUUCAAUGAAAACAUUGAUGUUCAGGUCUUCACCAUAUCCGACUCAGUUUACCUGACUGUGUUCUGUCAAACUGGGGAAAACUGGACAACUGUGGUGCAAGAGCAGAAAUUCAAACUAUUCCACAACAUCCAGCUGAGACCUCCUGACAGCCUGCAAGUGGUAUACACCAGCGACUCCAGCUGCAACAUAACCUGGAGGGUUCCUAGUUCCUCUCACUACUUACGUAAUCAACGGGAAUUUGAAGUGCGGUACAGACAUCCCAGAGAGCCCUGGGAGACUGCCAAACUCCUCCAGAUCAAGCAGGACCAGUCAUGGGUGAUGAUUGAAAACCUGUCGCCUGACUCAAAGUAUGAGGCCACCAUUUGCGUGAAACCAAAGACAUGUGGUGUGUGGAGCAAUUGGAGCAAGACGCUGGCGUGGGAGACAAAUUGUAGCGAUGUGGCACAUGGGCCCACGCCUGCAUAUACAGUACUUCCCUUGGGGGACAUCCAGCUUACAAUGCCAGUCCUUGUAGGGACCACCUGCACCAUCCUCCUCCUUGUCAUCAUCUUCUUCAUCGUCAACUCACAGCCAAUGAAAUGGCUUAAGAAGGUGCUGAAGAUUUAUAUUCCAGACCCAGACAAGUUCUUCCCCCCACUGAGCACUGUGCACAGAGGUGAUGUUCAGAAGUGGUUCUCCUCUCCUUUUUCCACGUCUCUCUUCAGUGUGAGCAGCACCUCCCCAGAGAUCUCAGAGCUAGAGAUUGUUCAGAAGGAGAAUCGGGAAUCCCAGUUUCUCCUUCAAAAGGCCUUUCUCACCUCCAGCGCCCCCACAGAAACCAGCAGGAACUCACUCUCCAGCUGCUUCACCAACCAAGGCUACUUCUUUUUUCACCUCCCUGACUCCUAUGACGUUGAGCCCUGCCAGGUGUAUUUCACUUACGAGCCCUUCACCCGGAAGGCCAGUGGCAGUGACGAUGGUGAUUCCUAUGGAACACUCUCCUCACCGGAUCUCUGCAUGCUAGAAGAUGACCUGCCACUGUUCUCCUCCAGAUUUCUUCAUUGCACCCAAGGGAACCAAGGUUUCCAAAACAGUUUGUUUGUGGGAGAGACACAGAGCGCAACCAAUGGGCUUGGAGCACUGCCUGAGGCUCUUUCGUCACCCAACUGCCCCUCCCCAGCUUUGGAACUGAAACAGGAUGAGAAGGUGAAUGGGAAUGUCACAGUUUUACAGGUCUCUGAAUUCCAACAGGAGCCUGGCACGGUCCUCUCUGAUCUCCCUGGGCUGCAUGACAAUGAUGGCAUUCAAACCACAGAAGAGGUUGGGGAUGCAGACCCUCAAAUCAGUCCCACUACUACUACUAUGGCUAGUUCUCCGUUUUCCCAGCCCAUGACUCUGCAGCAAGGUCAAGUGGAUGAUCUCCACAGGACUGCUUCCUUCAGCCAGGUCCCAAACGCUGGGGCCUACCUAUCUUUGAGUGAGCUCCAAAGCCAAUACAGCCAUUGUUCCAUCUACGAGCUGCCUUCUGAAUCCUGUGAGCUGCAGGCCUUCUCUGGAAGGAGGGACGGACAAACAAACAGAUAAACUUGCCUGUCUGAGAGAAUAAGAAGUUGAACAUCAGUUUCCACGAACCCAACGGGACCUAUCUUUUGACUAACAUGGAAAAAGACCCUUGUACUUUUCACUAGUGCAGGAAUUCUGAGAGCUUGGGUGGCCACCCAGGAGAGAAUCAAAUGCCGCCCAGCUGAGUAGUAGAGCGCCCACAGUGCCUAGAGCCAGCAGCAUGUGUUUCUAUUGGUGGUACACAUCAGCGCAUGCCUCAGUGUGCAUAAAGAAAUGUAUUCUGCAUGUGGAUAGAAAAAAUUAGAGGGAACAUUGGUCGUGAGUUCUCAGGGGCUUGCAAGAUUAUUACCUGGGGGGGAUCACAAACUGCACUUCACCUCUGGCAUUUAUAAUAGUUCUUAUUAUUAAAAAAGUGUUUUUAAUUUAUAAGGGGAGGUUACACUCAGAGGCUUGCUGUGGGAGGAGUCACCAGUACAACAGUU